UUAAUUAGCAGAAUCAUAAUUGUUUGCAAAUCAUGAACCACAAAUUAAACAUAACUUACACAAUUAAUUCUAUAUCAACACAAUUAAAACACAAUUUACCUUAUAAAUAUUUUUCUACCUAGUUAAUUGACUAGCAAAAGUUUUCAUAAACUAAUCAAUUCUAAUUUAUACUAAUUGUUAUUACCAAAUUUAAGGAAAGUUAAAUUUUCCAUAACAACAACAACAACCAUAAAAUCUUAUUAUUAGAUUCAAAUCUAAUAUUGUCCAUUGAUUUUAAAGAAUCCACUUGGAAUAUUACCACCAGCGCGAAAAUCUUGUUGUCAAUCUGAUACUAAACAAAGAAAAAGGAAAGAUGAUUGCAGCUGAUUAUCCUCGACAAGUUGAUUGUUCUUCUAAAGGUAAUCAAGAGGAAACCGAUAAAAACACCAUGUUGAAGUUUUCCCACCUCACCAAUCUAAUCAGACCUGUUCAUGGAGUCAUUGGUGCCAGGAUUAAUCCAUCUUCCAUUGCCUUGCAACAAAGACAAUUAAAUUGCAUAUCAAGCAUUGGACUUGAUAAAUUGUCAUCUAAAGUGAGAAAUUUUGUUGAAGAAAAGGCUCGAAUUUGUGAACCUGAAUGUAUUCACAUUUGUGAUGGAAGUGAAGAAGAAAACAAUCAGCUGAUCAAUUUGAUGGUCCAACAAGGGAUGAUCAAAAAACUUUCGAAAUAUGAAAAUUGUUGGCUAUCUCGUACUGAUCCAGCUGAUGUUGCCAGAGUUGAAUCUUUGACAUUCAUUUCAACUAAAAAUAAACGUGAUACUAUCCCUGAACCUGUACCCGGAAUUAAAGGAACUCUUGGAAAUUGGAUGUCACCGGAAGACCUAGAUAAAGCUCUGAACUCACGAUUCCCUAAAUGUAUGAAGGGAAGAACAAUGUAUGUUAUUCCGUUCAGUAUGGGUCCGGUUGGCAGUCCUCUUUCCAAGAUUGGUAUCGAAUUGACCGACUCCCCCUAUGUCGCUGCUUCUAUGAGAAUCAUGACUCGGAUGGGAAAACAAGUUCUAGAAAAAUUGGGGGACGAAGAUUUUAUCAAAUGCUUACAUUCCGUUGGUUGUCCAUUACCUGCCUCGAGGAAGUUGACAAACAAUUGGCCAUGCAAUCCGGAGAGGACGAUCAUUGCUCACAGGCCGGAAUCCAAUGAGAUUGCCUCAUUCGGCUCAGGUUACGGAGGAAACUCGCUCUUGGGCAAGAAGUGCUUUGCACUUCGUCUUGGCUCGAUUUUGGCGCAACGGGAAGGAUGGCUGGCCGAGCACAUGCUUAUCCUUGGAAUUACCGAUCCCUCUGGCUCGAAGAAGUACAUUGCAGCCGCUUUUCCAAGUGCAUGUGGCAAAACAAAUUUGGCCAUGAUGAAUCCAACCCUUCCAGGCUGGAAAGUGGAAUGUGUUGGUGAUGAUAUUGCCUGGAUGAAGUUUGAUUCCAAUGGGGUUCUUAGAGCUAUUAACCCUGAGUAUGGAUUCUUCGGAGUCGCUCCUGGAACUAGUUCUAAGACCAAUCCCAAUGCGAUGAAAACCAUCCUUGCCAAUACCAUCUUUACCAAUGUUGCUGAAACAUCAGACGGGGGCAUCUAUUGGGAAGGCCUUGAUGAUAUUGAUGUAAGUAACUUGGGGGUAAAAUCAUGGUUGAAUGAAGAUUGGACUCCAGGGUGUGGCAAACCGUCUGCCCAUCCCAAUUCACGUUUCUGUUCCCCUGCAUCUCAAUGCCCGAUCAUGGAUCCCGCAUGGGAAAGCCCUGAGGGUGUGCCAAUAUCUGCAAUUAUUUUUGGAGGCCGACGACCCGUUGGUGUACCAUUGGUGUAUGAAGCAUUCAAUUGGAACCAUGGUGUCUUCAUUGGAGCCUCAAUGAGAUCUGAAGCCACCGCUGCUGCUGAACACAAGGCAAAAACGGUUAUGUUUGAUCCAUUUGCCAUGAGACCAUUUUUUGGUUACAAUUUUGGCCACUAUUUGGAUCAUUGGUUAAGUUUCGGUGCCAAAGAAAACCUCAAAUUGCCCAAAAUUUUCCAUGUUAAUUGGUUCCGUAAAAGUAGUGAGGGUAAAUUCUUGUGGCCUGGUUUUGGUGAAAACUCUCGAGUUUUAGAUUGGAUCUGUCGACGAGUUAAUCAUCAAGAUUGUGCACAAGAAACACCAAUAGGAUUGAUUCCAAAACAAGAUUAUCGAUUUGAAGGACUUGACGAAAAGAUUGACAUGGAUGAAUUGUUUAGUCUUCCAAAGGACUUUUGGCAACGAGAAUGUGAUGAGGUUCAAACUUAUUUUGAACAACAAGUAGGCUCAGAUUUGCCUAAAACGAUAAUGACUGAGUUGAAUUCAUUACGAAACCGAUUACAAUCAAAUUAAUACGAACAAUCAAAAAAUCAUCAAUAGUUUGCGAUUGCAAUCAUAUCCAACAAUCAUUAAUUAUCACCAAUCGUAUUCAUCAAGUUUAAACACGAAAAAUUAUUUUAAAAUCAAAAAUUGAAGCAAGAAUAUAUUGUAUGAAUGCUGUUAAUUGAUUGAAAGCAAUUUGAAUCUAUCACUAUUUUAAAUCCAAUUCACAUCAAAUCAAAAAUCAUUGGAACCAAAAUCGACAAAUCAACUAAUUUUGUGGAGUAAAAAAAAUACAUAUACAAACAUACAAGUAUCAUGGAAAAAUCAAAAAAUUAUUUGAGGAGCCAAAAAAAAUAUUUAACUUCUAAAUGUGAUCACUUUAAUUGUAAUUUAUUUUAAUUUUAAAACAAAAUUUCAUCUCAAUCCCAACAAACCCAACAACAAUGAAAAUGUUAACCUAAUCCUAUUUUAAUUUAAUUGUGUAACUAUCACACCAGAAAUCCCAUCCCUCCAAUUGAACAACAACAAAACAACUAAAAAUAAAGUGUUAUCAUCUCGA